CCUGUCUUGGAUUUGAGUUUUUUGAAUGAAAGGAAUGAGAAAUUUAUCUGUUUUCUCUAAUGUUUAGGUGUUUUAUUGUUGUGGAAUUUCGGGUUUGAAGGUGUAGUAGGAAUUUGUUGCAAGAGUGUUUUUUGUUGGGUUUGUUGAUUAAGGAUUAAAUGUGCUGAGAAUCUUUUCUCUUCGUUCCAUCUUGUCUGUUUAUUUCUGUUUUUAGAUUAAGUUCCAUCUGGGUUUUGCUUCAAAUGUUUGUACUGCAUCUGGGUUUCUCAUUUAUCAGGGGAAAAAAAGUACGAUUUUCCUAUUCUUAGCUUUGUGUUGAAUUAUUAAGAGACAAAAUUGUGGACAUCUUUAUGUAUAUUAGAAUGGACUCACUUCCAGAUGCUAUUGUUCAUUACAUUUUAUCAAAUUUGAAUAAUGCCAGAGAUGUAGCAAUAUGUACUUGUGUAUCCAAACGAUGGAAGGAUGCAAUUCCUUAUCUUAGAAGCCUGUAUUUCCCUCGUAACUCUUUCGAUAACCUCACUAGCAGUGACUGUCCUGAUACUAUCGUGUGGAAGAUGAUUUCAUCCAUUGUUUGUUUGGAGGAGCUUGUUGUGUAUAGCCCAUUUUCUAGUGCUGGCCUCGCCUCAUGGCUAUCGCUUGUGGGUUCAACGCUCAAACACCUUGAGCUUCGAAUGGAUAAUCUUUCUGAAUAUCAAGUCUGUGUUGAGAGGCCAUCAAAAUUGGACUGCAUUAGUGGUGCAAAGAAUUUAGAGUCCCUAAAGCUUUGGGGUGUUCUAAUGAUUAAUUCACCUAGUUGGGAUGUUUUCCAUAAACUUAAGAACCUUGAAAUUGUUGGUGCAAGAUUGUCGGAUCCAGCAUUGUCCACUGCCCUUAGGGCUUGCCCUAAUUUAACUAACUUGUUGCUGCUUGGCUGUGAAGGGGUUAUGUCUGUUUCAAUUCAAUUGCCACUUUUGGAAAGGUGUAAGCUGGAUUUUUAUGGCUCGGGUAACAGCUCGCUUUCUCUCUCUUGUCCGAAAAUUGAAUUCCUUGAGGUACAAGGCUGUAGUUGGAUUAGGGUUCGUGAGACAAAAUGCUUGAGGAAUCUGUCGAUUUCCAAUAAUACUGGGAGAGUUUACAUGGUAGAUUUUGGGAAACUGGCUGCCCUCGAGUCCUUGACCAUGAGAGGGGUCCAGUGGUGUUGGGAUGCAAUAAACAAAAUGCUGCAAUGGGCUAGUGAGGUGAAGCAUCUCUACAUGAAGGUUGAAUUCACUGGAGACUUUGAUACUCUUCAGCCCUUUCCAGAAGUUGACUUCGUUGAUUUCUUCAAUAGUCAUCCAAAGCUGCAGAAGUUCGAUAUCCAUGGGGCUAUGUUUGCUGCUCUUUGCCAAAAAAACAGCCUGAAAAAUAUUGAAUCAGGGUUUGUGAUUCCAUGUUUGGAGGAAGUAGUUGUCACUGUGAGAUCACCAUUAAAUGCCGAACAGAAAAUGAGCACUCUUGAGUCCCUGUUGAAGUAUGGUAAAAAUUUAAAGGCAAUGGUAAUAAGAAUUCUUCAAAUGAAGAGCAGCCACAGCAGUUCAGACGAUUUCUUUGAUGAGAUUUGCAGGUUCAGAUGCAUUAACCGCAAGAUAGUUCGAAUUGAAUAAAGCUCGCAUGUGGGAAGUCUUUUAAUUUAAUUUCACAUUAUUCCUUUUCAGUUCUCUGAUCAACAGAUUUUGACUGCAAGCAAUUAAAACUAAUUUAGUUUCAUAACAGUGGUUUUACUUCCCAGUUGAGGCCAAUGUUGUUGUAUGAAUCUGGAAUUCUAUCACUCUCUUGGAAUUUCAUUGAGAAAUUGAUGCAAUGGUAAAAAUGAGAUUAAUUGAUGGAAUAAAAUGUACACUCAGCUAUGGGUGACUCUUUACAAGUA